GUGUUCCGCCUCUGCCACAUCUCCAUUUCCAAAUCAUUGCUCGUCGUGAAAUUUUUCUGUGUUCAUUCGAGUAAAGCGUACCAAAAUGCAAGCAAUAACAGCUUGCAAUAGUCCGGUGGUUUCGCCGUUCAAAUCUUACGUAGAUUCUAUUAAACCAAGAUUUAUUUCCGUCAAGCGUCUCGCAUUUCUCGGCCGACGAAAGCUCUGCUGCUUCGUCGUUUCGCGUCUUCCCAUUCCGGCGUCUACUCCACGUGGUGGCGAUACAGAUGAUAUGGGUUGCGUUGAGGAACAAGAUCUUGCGCUGGAGAAAUUCUCCUCGACUACUCGUCGACUGUUUUUCGCCCGCCUGUUAAUGUGCACGUGUUAUUGUUAUUUUCUUCCUUCAAGGUAUUUUCCAGCGUAUGGGUUAGGAGAUCCAUCAGUGACAAUUGAGCAAGUAACCCCUCCAGUAUUCUCUACCGGAGCUCUUUUUCCAUCUGAGGAAAGAAUUGCGGAUCUUUUCGAGAAGAAUACUUACUCUGUUGUCAACAUAUUUGAUGUAACAUUGAGGCCGCAGCUUAAUAUUUCUGGUGCUGUUGAGGUUCCUGAAGGAAAUGGUUCUGGGGUCGUCUGGGAUGAACAGGGUCACAUUGUGACAAAUUAUCAUGUUAUUGGUAAUUCUCUUUCUAAAAAUGCAAUGACCGGCCAAGUAGUUGCCCGCAUCAACAUUCUAGCUUCUGAAGGGGUACAAAAGAGCUUUGAGGGUAAAUUGGUUGGUGCAGAUAGGACAAAGGAUCUUGCUGUCUUAAAGGUCGAAGCCUCCAAGGAGCUGUUGAGACCAAUGAAGAUUGGCUCAUCUUCAUCCCUAAAAGUGGGCCAGCAGUGCUUGGCCAUUGGAAAUCCAUUCGGUUUUGAUCAUACCCUCACUGUUGGGGUCAUUAGUGGUCUCAACAGAGAUAUAAAUAGUCAAACCGGAGUUACAAUAGGUGGAGGAAUUCAAACUGAUGCUGCCAUCAACCCCGGAAACAGCGGAGGCCCUUUAUUAGAUUCCAAGGGGAACUUGAUUGGGAUUAACACCGCGAUCUUCACUCAGACGGGGACUUCGGCUGGUGUAGGAUUUGCCAUCCCUUCGUCAACUGUGGUAAAGAUAGUGCCUCAGCUAAUCCAAUUUGGCAAAGUUGUUAGAGCUGGUUUAAACGUUGAUAUUGCGCCAGAUCUCAUAGCAAAUCAACUAAAUGUUCGAAAUGGCGUGCUAAUAUUACAGGUUCCUGGCGGUACCAAUGCAGCUAAGGCUGGCCUCCUACCAACUACAAGGGGCUUUGCAGGUAAGAUCGUGCUCGGGGAUAUCAUUUUGGCAGUCAACGGCAAGCCUGUACGUAACAGAGCAGAUUUAUUCAAAAUCCUGGAUGAUUAUAAUGUUGGGGAAAAAUUACUUCUGCAAAUACAGAGGAGCAGUGAAAUUUUGGAGCAACAAUAGCCAUUCCAGAUAUUAUAUCAUAGACAAAAAGAUUUUUUCAGCAGCAGAGCUAGGAGGGCUUAACAUCUAUUCGAAAUUCUAUAUUUACACAAUUUUCCCCAUUGGACGGAUGGGAUCUAAAUACAAGAAAAAUAUUUACAAUUUAGUCCAGAAGUUGAGCUGCUCCUGCUUCAAUCAUCAUGGCAUCAAUGAGGGCAUCCUCAGUUUUAAUGUCAUAUUCAUCUUCUUCAAAUUCCUCUUCGUCUUCUUCCCAGCUACAGCUGCUGCUAUUCAUCUUUACAGCUGCUCGUCUGCAUCGACUGCAGAAAAACUCAGCGGGCACAGCAUCCGAAUCUGGGAUUCCGUAACAUCUGGAGUGUUGCCAUAUCUCGCAAAUGUCGCACGCCAACAUUCUCUCCCCAUCAUCAUCCUUUGCCCCGCAAACACAGUCCACUAUCCAUCGCUCCAGCCCCCUCUCCAUUCUGAACCUUCCAUGGGCAUUCUUUCCCAGGAAACGCCCUCGGAUACCAACGUAUUCUGCUGUCGACCCCAGUAAGAGCUUUAUUUGGGUGGAUUCAGCAACCCCACUGUAGCCAAUUAGCUCAUCAGCUUGGAACCUUCUGAACAUCAAGUACACCUCUUGGAAGGUUCUUGUAGCUUCAAGCUUUAGGUCAGCAAUGGUAGCACCGGGAGGGAGGAUGAUAAACUCUGGUGGAGGAUUACAGGUGCCACUGCAUUCUCCAUUUUGUUCCUUAAGGUCGACCUCACAUAGAAGAUGUACCAUAUUUUCCUUUGAAAUAAAUAGAUGCUGCUCCGGGCAGUAGUCUUUCACAAACUGUUUGCAAUCAAGAAUUGUCAUCGCCGAGCUGGCCGCAGGAUUCCUUCUACCUGGAGUAACACUCAAUGCCAUUGACUUGGGAUGAAGCAUGCACUCGUAAAAAUAUCUUAGAUCGUGCAAAAGCCUCUCUUCUGAAAGGCAGCUCGCCAUCGGGAAGCAGCUUGUAGGGGUGUUGGCUGGUAUGGAUGCACUUCCUGG